GCUAUUAGUCGAGGCUCCUUUAGCAGCUGGUCGCAAAACAAAUGACGCGAAGGAGAGCAGCGAGCAACUGAAGCAGAAACAUUCCGGAGAGUUUCGGAGUAAAACGAGAAUGACUGAGAACGACGUGGAGAACGAGCUGUUAGACUAUGAGGAGGAUGAGGUGGACGCAGCAGGUGGUGUCGGGGAUGGAGGGCUCACCGGGGACAGUGGCGCGAUGGCCAUAAGAAAGGAGGGGGUCAAAGGGUCCUAUGUGUCCAUCCACUCUUCAGGAUUCAGAGACUUCCUUUUAAAGCCUGAGCUUCUGAGGGCCAUUGUGGACUGUGGCUUUGAGCAUCCGUCUGAGGUCCAACAUGAGUGCAUUCCUCAAGCCAUUCUGGGGAUGGAUGUGUUGUGCCAGGCCAAGUCUGGUAUGGGGAAGACGGCCGUAUUUGUGUUAGCUACGCUACAGCAAUUAGAGCCAGUGACCGGGCAGGUAUCAGUGCUGGUGAUGUGUCAUACCCGAGAGCUGGCGUUCCAGAUUAGCAAAGAGUACGAGCGCUUUUCCAAGUACAUGCCUGCUGUCAAGGUGGCAGUGUUCUUUGGCGGUUUGUCUAUAAAGAAGGAUGAGGAGGUGUUGAAGAGAGAGAGCCCUCAUGUGGUUGUGGGAACUCCCGGCCGUAUCCUGGCCCUGUCCCGCAACAAGAGCCUCAACCUGCGCCACAUCAAACAUUUCAUCCUGGACGAGUGCGACAAGAUGCUGGAACAACUUGACAUGCGCCGUGACGUCCAGGAGAUUUUCCGCAUGACCCCCCACGAGAAGCAAGUCAUGAUGUUCAGCGCCACCCUGAGCAAAGAAAUCCGGCCCGUCUGCCGAAAGUUCAUGCAAGAUCCGAUGGAAAUAUUUGUGGAUGAUGAGACCAAGCUGACACUGCAUGGCCUGCAGCAGUACUAUGUCAAGCUGAAGGACAACGAGAAGAACCGGAAACUCUUUGAUCUUCUGGACGUGCUGGAGUUCAACCAGGUGGUGAUCUUUGUGAAGUCAGUGCAGCGCUGCAUUGCCCUUGCUCAGCUGCUGGUGGAACAGAAUUUUCCUGCCAUCGCUAUUCACAGAGCAAUGCCCCAGGAGGAAAGGCUAGCUCGAUAUCAACAGUUUAAGGACUUUCAGAGGCGGAUCCUUGUAGCCACUAACCUGUUCGGAAGGGGAAUGGACAUCGAAAGGGUCAACAUCGCCUUCAACUAUGACAUGCCCGAGGAUUCUGACACAUACCUGCACAGGGUGGCAAGAGCAGGCCGCUUUGGGACGAAAGGUUUGGCCAUCACGUUUGUGUCUGAUGAAAACGAUGCCCGUACGCUGAAUGAUGUUCAGGACAGGUUUGAGGUGAACAUCAGUGAACUUCCAGAGGAGAUCGACAUCUCCUCCUACAUUGAGCAGACGCGGUAAGGAAGAUAAGCUCUGGUGAAGAAGAGCCGAGCUGUGCGGAGAGCGGCUUUCAGUAGCUUCACGUUUCACAUCGACUGUUAUGGUGAAGUUUAGAGGGAAUGUAUAAUUGACGAAAAGCUAUAGUUAUCCUACACUUACAGAGGUGCUUAACUGCUUCUGAGGUUUGAUGCUAUGUUGUUACCUUUGUAAAACAAGCUUUGUUCAUCUUGGGAUGUUAAAAUUCUGUGUUUGUAAAAGAUUUUAUUUACUUUUUCAAAAGUGUUUCAUUUCCUGUUUUUUGUUGGCUGUUACUGACUUUUUUUUUAUGCAAGUGGAGUGGCAUUGUUUCCGUUUUUUGGUGCAGUGUUGGGUUGAGAUACUUUAUUUAGAUCGAUAUAUGAAGCAGUGCAUAGAUGUACAAUAGCUGAAUACUACAGUGUUCCAGUAGCUCUUGAUGAAGGCAUGUCCGAUAGGGAAUUAUGAAGGAGUGUUAUGUGCGCAGUAGGAAAAACUACAGUAAUCAGUGUUCUGUAUUUGUUGGCAAUGUUAUUUGAUUAUUCACAGCUAUGUUUGUUCUAUAACUCCUUAAAUCUAUGUGUUACUGUGUUGAAUUUACAGUGGUACUGACAUACUCUCUGUUAGAGGUGCAUUAUGUGCGGCUUUCCUUUUUUCAUAUUUCAUACAACAUAUCAAAAGAGGAUUCCAGUGAUUUUUUUUUUUUUCAAAAACAUUUCUGUAUAAUUCAGUGAUCACUGUGUAAACACAGUCGUUCAGAGUGGUUUGAUGUGAAAUGGUUCAUUGUAGAGAAACUUACUGGCUUAGAUGUCUUCACAGUGGUGGCGAUAGGAACCAGGGGUCGCAAUGUCUACAACACAGAUAGCCAUUUUAUUUACUAUCCUAAACCACCAGUGAACCUACACCUGUCUUCUGAGUUUUAGUGUUGAUGGUAAAUCUUAAAAAACUGUGUUAUCUCUGGGGACUAUUUUGCAUUACAAAGCCUUGCAUGUAAUGAAUUCUAAAAAAAAAAUAGUUUUUACGCCAAAACUUCCAUGAAACUAUCAUAAAACAGGGUCUCGGACGUCAGGCAGCUUAUUUUUUAACAAUUUCAUGUAUUAAGUUUCUGUAAGGGAGCUUUUAGGGGCAUUAAACUCUUCGGACGUCUGGUUCCUAUCACCACCACUGUGAACAAUCCUGAUUCCAGUUUCUCCAGAACAGAGCAUUUUGCAUCAAACCACUCUGAAUGACUUUAAAUUAUGCAGAAAUUUAGAUGGAAAUCCCUUUUAAAUUGUUUGUAGCUCGUUUUCGUUUAAUGUUUUUUGUCCAGCCCGAUGACUGAUUCGUACAAGUACGAUUGAGAGCAACACAUUUAUUGCGAAAACACUAACGCGCAAGACUUUUUGUGUUUACAGCACUUUCUGAUCAAGCACUCAUUUAUGCCCACAUAAUGCACCUGUUGUUUUCAAGCUGUUUUCCAGUAUUCAAACUCCUGUGUGCGUAAGCACUCACUGAAUUUCAUAAAUAAAUACAAAACUGAAAUUGC